AUGACUCGAGCUAUCCCCUUUGAGCCAUAUCAGCUCACUCCCUUCGAUCAUCUCUUCUCCGUCUUCUACGGCGGAUGUGCGCUGUCAUUUCGCGUCUCUUGCCCUGACGAUGCUGUUCCAACGUUGUGCGCCGGCUUGGACCGUCUUGUCUCUCAUCUGCCCUUUCUCACUGGACAAGUCAUUCAGAAAGGGAAGAGAAUGGAAGUUCAUUCUCUCCCUCCGACCACCCGCGGCAGUUCACCGCCACUUUAUGUCGUUCGACAUUUCCCGAACCUUCGUCUCCCCUCCAAACCCAAAUGUCGCAGUCAAUUCUGUGGAGAUUAUAUCCGCGACGAGUCACUCAUUCUAGCCCCCCGUGGGCUUUGCUCUCUUGCCGGUACCCCGAUCGUAAGGUUCCAGAUCAAUGUUCUCGCGGAUGGGAUCAUACUGGUCCUCUGGGUCAACCAUAUGGCGAUCGAUGGCACUGGCGUUGGCAAAAUGAUUGAGGCUCUGUCUAUAUGCUGCCAGGCGGAAGUAAAUCCCGGAACGGCUCGUCAACUGCCAACUGCUCCUGCUGCAGAGGCAGCUACGAGGGCUAUUCUGGCGGAUUUCUGGACGAGCCCGUCGAGUACCAUCACGGAAACAGAGACAGAAACUGAUGGUCCUCCCGCUCUCGGCGAGGACGAACACCAUGACUCUUCGCUCGUUGAUGUCGACUUCUGUUUUUCAGCCUCCAAGGUUCAACGGUUGAGGGACUGCGUGCGGGGCUUGUUGCGUGAUAAUAAAGGCGGCGGUCAAACGAUCCUGGACAUCUCAUGCGAUGAUAUUGUCACUGCGUUUCUCUGGAUAUCCUUGAGUCGUGUCCGACGACGCAGCCUGAAAGAUGGUCAAAAUACCAUCACUUCAAACCUUACCAGGGCUGUGGAUGUCCGCAAACGGCUCAACAACCCUGUUCCAGACACCUACCUGGGGAACUGUGUUGUGCUCCCAAAGGAGACUCUCCCUCUCGAAGAGCUCGACUGGAGGAAUCCUGGUCCGGACAAUGAUGACCAACAUUUGUGCAGACUUCUUGCUCCUCUGCUUAGCCAGGUGGCAGGUAUUCUACGGGCACGACUUCACACCGUCAACGACCAGUACAUCCGUGGGACCUUCUCACCUUCGAGUCAUUCCGAUUCUGGCCCCGGUCCUCAUGUUUUUGUGAGCAGCAUCCGUCAUAUGAAGGUCUACGAGCAUGACUUCGGCCCGUUCCUUGGACAUCCAGAAGGGAUUGAUUUGCUACCGUACAUGCGCCCCGAUGCCGUUUGCACCAUUAAGCCAAAACGCGCCGAUGGGGAUUGGGAUAUCGGUGUGACCUUGAACCGGGAGGAUAUAACGCUCCUCACUGCGGAUCCCUGGUUUGGCUGGAUCUCGGAAAAAGCGUCGCCUUUCAGGGUCUUUGAAUCUGUUUGA